AUGCGUGUGGGUGGACAAGUGCGGCUGUUCCUUGAUGUGUUGAAAACAUCCUGUGUCACCAGUGUGAACCUGGCAGUGUGGACCGACGAGGCCUUGGUGGUGGGGUCAUCCAGCCGGAGUUCCUGCCCAAGCCGAGUCCUCUCUGGCCCCGCGGCCCCAGGCGAGAUGCUGCAGACUGCAGAAGGAGUGUGCAAGUUCACAGGACAGCGGCUGAGCUGGUGGCAAGCCCGCGAGCAGUACUUUGGCCACCUGGCAUUGAGGCCCCCAGACAGGGCUCUUGUUCAAUGGCUGCCUAACUCAGUCUGGAUAGGACAAAGACAGGCCUUGCUACGACAACCGCAGAGGCCUGAUGAGCACACCACGGCUGCGCUGGUAUUCGGUGAGAGGACCUCUGACAGGGUGGCAAGGUUGCCCAUGGCCCUACCUGCGCUGGUGGCGUUCACGGCUUGCGUGCACGUUCAGUGGGACACAGCGGCGACCCAGGCGUCCACCCUCUUCUCCCUGGCAGCGCCCGCUGUGCCACCCGGAGGCUCGGUGCGCGCCGCGCUAGUAGUACGCGGCCGCCAUGCGCCCUUCAACCCCGUCUUCCUCUCUGCCGGCCGCUGGCACCACGUGUGCGCCACGUGGAAGCAGCACAGCGGGCGCUGGGCGCUGUUCGCCGACGGCAGGCGACGCGCCGAUGCUCAGGGACUCAGCGCGGGUCACCCGGUGCCGCCCGACGGUGUGCUUGUGCUGGGUCAGCAGGACUUCCUGGGUGGCGGGUUCUCGGCUCGAGACGCCUUCAGCGGCAACCUCACUGACUUCCACCUUUGGGACCACGAGUUGAGCCCUGGGCAAGUGCGCCGAGCCAGUGCCUGCGCGCCACCCACCGGGGGCCUGCUCUUCCAAUGGGAUUCAGAAGCCCUUGACGUCACACCCUCGCAGUUGCCCGCCCUGCUUACGCGCCUGCUCUGUCCCAUGCCCUCAGAAAAGUGCCCCGCGUGGAACCCAGGACCCAGCACCAAGAGCUCUGAACUCUGCUUGCACCCACGGCCUUUUCUUUGCUGCUACUCAAAAGAUACCUAUCAGCAGCUACAGGACUUCCAGUCAUGGCCUGAUCAGGAUGUUAUCACCAGAGUCAAUGCUUUGGCCAAUGCCACUGUGUUAAGCCUAUCCUGGAGACUGGAAACCCCCGGGAUCCUGCCCUUGGAGGAGGCUUCUAGCUUCUUGGGUCUCCUGGAGAGAGUCCUAGCGGAGGAACCAGGUCCCCUGGGGCCUGUUACCCUACUGGCCACCCUGCACUUCCUGAAGAGGAUGGCUGCUUUCAGAGCUGAGGGGCCUGAGCUGCUGACCAAACCCUGGGAGGAGCUUGGCAGAGGCUUUGUGUCUGUGGCCAGCCUAGUCCUGGAGGAGCAACUGGCUGGUGCUUGGCCGUCCAUCAGUGAGGUGGUUGGUGAGCCUAUGGCUUUGGUGAUGAGUGUGCAACGCAUGGCAUCCCUCCUAAGCUCUGAUCUGACCUCUGCGUAGCCUCAAAUCCACAUCCAGCAUCGCCUUGCUGGCCUGGAGGUGCGAAGCCUGCUCCUGAGAGAGGCCAGCACUGGAGGGCACACAUUCAACAUUCCUGGUGGGCAUCCAGAUGGACCAGGCUACAUCCACAUCCCUGCAGGUGAAGUGAGGCGGCUCCAGGGGAAAGGCCUCGCUGAAGUCAUAAUCAUCCACACCUGGUUCACCUUAAGGAUCUUCCAGCAUACCCUGGGGUCACCUGGCCUAGAGUCCCAGGCCCCUGAUGGCUCGGAGGAGAAAAGGACACAGAGGUCCAUAAGAACCCAUGUGGGGUCAGCCAUACUCUCUUCUGAGGUAUGGGACGCGCUGAGCACAGCUGUGACCUUUCAUCUGCAGCACCAGGCCCAGAGCCCCUUUUUCUCCCUCCCAACCCCAAGCUCAGAUGCAGGGGGUUCCUGGGCCACUACUGGCUGCUUCGUGCUCACUCUGCACCUGGGCUCUACCACCUGCUUCUGCAAUCACAGCACCAGCUGUGCCAUCCUCCUGAAUGUGUAUGCAGUCCAGGUGAAUGCUGAAGAGGAGUCGCUGCUGAGGACGCUGUCAUUUGUGGGCUGUGGUGUGUCCCUCUGUGCUCUUGCUACCACCUUCUUGCUCUUCCUGGUGGCUGGGGUUCCUGCUUCUAAGCGAACCACAAUCCACAAGAAUCUCGUUCUUUCCCUGGCCUCUGCUGAGGGCAUCCUCAUAAUCAGCGAGUGGGCAGAGACCCACAAGAUGGCCUGUGUGGCUGUCACAGCAGCCAUGCAUCUUCUCUUUCUGGUGGCCUUCUCCUGGAUGCUGGCGGAGGGGCUGCUGCUAUGGAGCAAGGUGGUUGCCGUGAGCAUGCACCCAGGCCCCAGGAUGAGGUUGUACUAUGCGGCAGGCUGGGGCAUUCCUGCAGCCAUUGUGGUCAUCACUCUACUGGUGCACCGCCACGACUACGUGGCUUCUGGACACUGCUGGCUCAACGUGCACACAGAUGCCAUCUGGGCCUUUGUGGGGUCUGUGCUGUUUGUGCUGACUGCCAACACCUGCAUCCUGGUCCGAGUGGUGAUGGUCAUCGUGUCCAGCACCCACUGCCGUGCAUGCAUGCUGAGCCCGCAGCCUGGCCUGCAGCAGCAGAUCAGGUCCCAGAUGUGGGCCAUGGUGAAGCCGGUGCUGGCUCUCUUACCUGUCCUGGGCCUGACCUGGCUGUUUGGCCUCCUGGUACACAUCAGCCCAACCUGGGCCUAUGCUGUUGUGGGCCUCAAUUCCUUCCAGGGCCCAUACAUCUUCCUCGGCUACGCUGCUUACAAUGAAGAGGUGCAGAACGCAUUACAGAGGAUAACAGAGAAGAAAGCAGCUGAGGUGCUCAGGGCAGCACAGGUGCACCUGGCCAAGAGCAAGGGCUUCAGGUCCCUGGGCCACGGCCCAGGAGAACCCCACAUCCUGGGAUCAUCUGAGAAGAUCUGUUGCUCUCAGAGAACCCAGGAGACUGGUAAGGCUGAAACAGGGACCAGCUAG